CUCACAACAACAGUCGAGCGGAGGAUGGAGGACGACGCAGGUCGAGUUUGAGCUCAGAGCUCGAACAUGUGUUCACAGCAGGAGGUGGAGAGGAUCUCCAAGAAGCUGGAGAAGAUGGUGCACAAGAAGAAGACGGAGGGGGCGCUGGACCUGCUGAGGGAGCUCACCAACAUCAAGAUGUCUCUGGAGACGCUGCAGUCGACCAGAGUGGGGGUGUCUGUGAACCUUGUGAGGAAACAGAGUUCAGAUGAAGACGUUCAGAAUGUGGCCAGAGGUCUCAUCAAGUCCUGGAAGAAACUGCUGGACGGAUCUGAGGGGAAGUCUGAGGAGAAGAAGAAGGAGGACGCGUCUCCUGUGAGGACAUCGUCCACCUCCGAGGACUCCGGCUGCAGCGACCCCAGCAGGAAGACGGCCGAGGAAACUCCCACAAACCCCGCCCCUCCCACUCGGGUCACCUCCUUCCCCCCCGCCCCCGUCACCACGGACAGCGUCCGGAACAAGUGUCGAGAGCUGCUGGCGGCGGCUCUGCAGAGCGACGAUGACCACAAGACAUUCGGAGUGGACUGCCAGCACCUGGCAGCACAAAUUGAAGAACAUAUCCUUUAUAUCUUCCAGGAGUUUAACUCCACAGAUAUUAAAUAUAAAACCCGUCUCCGAAGCCGCAUCUCGAACCUGAAGGACCAGAAGAACCCGGACCUGAGGAGGAACGUCCUGUGUGGAAGCAUCUCGCCCCAGAGCAUCGCCCGCAUGAGCGCCCAGGAGAUGGCGAGCACGGAGCUGAAGCAGAUCAGAGAGACUUUGACUAAAGAGUCGAUCAGAGAACAUCAGCUGUCGAAGGUCGGAGGAACUGAGACGGACAUGUUCAUCUGCAGCAAGUGUCGUGGGAAGAGCUGCUCAUACACACAGGUGCAGAUACGCAGUGCUGAUGAACCAAUGACAACCUUUGUGUUGUGUAACAACUGUGGAAACAGAUGGAAGUUCUGUUGAUGUGUGUGUCUGUGUGUGUCUGUGUGUGUGUCCGUCAUGAAGCAAACUAAAGUGAAGUGAAUUUGGAUUUAACACUGGAAUUUUUUUUUUUUUUACUUUGUAUAGUUUUAUGUAUAAAACAAAAAGCUGUAAUAUGUUUGGAGAAGAGUUCGUGUUGUUUAUCAGUUUAAUUUAUUUUGUAUAGAACAAGUUUGUUUCUUAUGAAGAAGCUUGAAGUGCAUUCUGUUUGCUGCUCGGAACAUUUCUAUAAAAUUUGCUCUUGCAUGAAAAUGAAAUUAUAUUAUUAUUUUUGACUUGUUUGGAUUAAAUAAUUUUGCUGCUGUUUUAGAAGUUCUAAGUAUCAAUGUACUUGUUGACAGAUGUAAGAAACCACAGCGACUCCAAAGAGGUGUUUUCAUUGGCUGAGACAAUAAAACACUGAAUUAUUGA